CUCCCGCCGCGCUCAGGGUGCGAGGGCAGCGCGGAGCGGCCGCGGCCCGGCGGCGUGUGCCAGGGCUGGCAUGGCCCCGUGCCGCCCUUCGCGCGGGGAGCGGCGGCCGUAGCGCGGCGGCGGCCUGGCUGAGCAGUGGAUGAGAAAGUGUCGCUGUGCCGCGCCGCCCUGACCUGGCAGAGGUGGGUGUCUGAGCGCCCUGCAGACAUGGCUCACUUGAGAGAAUUUGCCAGCCAGCACCCCAGGGUGGAUCCCGAGGCGCUGUUCACCAAGCUGGAGCGAAUCGGCAAGGGCUCCUUUGGGGAGGUGUACAAGGGCAUCGACAACCGCACCAAGGAGGUGGUUGCAAUCAAGAUCAUCGAUCUGGAGGAGGCUGAGGAUGAAAUUGAGGACAUUCAGCAGGAGAUCACGGUGCUCAGCCAGUGUGACAGCCCCUACAUCACCCGCUACUAUGGCUCCUACUUGAAGGGCACUAAGCUGUGGAUAAUCAUGGAGUACCUAGGAGGAGGUUCAGCCCUGGAUUUGCUGAAGCCAGGACCCUUGGAGGAGACUUACAUAGCUACUAUCCUGAGAGAAAUCCUGAAGGGUUUGGAUUAUCUACACUCCGAGAGGAAGAUCCACAGGGACAUCAAAGCUGCCAACGUGCUGCUGUCGGAGCAAGGAGAUGUGAAGCUGGCUGACUUCGGGGUGGCUGGGCAGCUGACAGACACACAGAUUAAGAGAAACACCUUUGUUGGGACUCCCUUCUGGAUGGCACCAGAGGUCAUCAAACAGUCUGCAUACGACUUCAAGGCAGACAUCUGGUCCCUUGGGAUUACAGCCAUUGAACUAGCAAAGGGGGAGCCUCCAAAUUCUGACUUGCAUCCCAUGAGAGUUCUCUUCCUGAUCCCCAAAAAUAACCCUCCGACACUUGAGGGUCACCACAGCAAGCCCUUCAAGGAGUUUGUGGAAGCCUGCCUCAACAAGGACCCUAGAUUUAGGCCAACAGCUAAAGAACUGUUAAAGCACAAGUUCAUCACACGCUACACCAAGAAAACCUCCUUCCUCAUGGAGCUCAUCGAUCGCUUCAAGCGCUGGAAGUCCGAGGGCCACGGGGAAGACUCCAGUUCUGGUGACUCUGACAUUGAUGGAGACACAGAGGAUGGAGACCAAGGUCCAAUCUGGACAUUCCCACCCACCAUCCGCCCCAACUCCUUGAGCAAGCUGCACAAAGGAAUGGCUCUCCAUGGUUCCCAGAAGCCUGCUGAGCCCAUCAAGAGGCAGCCACGGUCACAGUGUCUCUCCACGCUUGUUCACCCGGUUUUUGGGGAGCUUAAAGAUAAGCACAAGCAGACUGGAGGCAACGUGGGAGCUAUGGAGGAGCUGGAGAAUGCCUUUAGCUUGGCUGAGGAGUCCUGCCCAGGCAUCUCUGACAAACUGAUAGCACACAUGGUGGAGCGGGUACAAAGGUUCUCACACAGCCGGAACCACCUCGGCUCUGCCCGCUGACACCGCGGCGGCGCUCGGGGCGGGGAAACCUUCCUCCCAGCUUCACAAGAACUCCAUCUCUAGUCCAGAGCACCACCUGCUGUUGGAUGUAACCUUGUGUUACGGACUCCAGGACAUUUCAGAGCCUUCAUGCUACACGUGUUUCCAUGGCAGCCCAGGGGUGGGCUUUGCAGUGGAGUCCAGCGGGGCGGUGUGCAGGACCCCGGCCCGGUGCUCUCCUUGUUUUUACCAUGUAAUCGAUGCAGUUUUUAAUUGUUUCCCUCUGGAUGUAUCCAUUUUUGGCUUGGUUUGAUUCACAGCUUGUUACUGGUGAAUGCCUGGCUGCUGGAGGAGAGGCAGGUUCUGUUCCAAUGGAGCCUGGUGGGUUUAGCCUCCUGCUCUUGCUAAAGGUGUGUGUGUGAGAGUCCCCUGGGAGUUGCAGGUCUGUCUGGGGGCUCUCCCCUGCUUCAUGGCCUCUGGGGAUGUGAGAGCAGCUCCCCACUGGUUCUGGAGGAUUGCUUCAGCUCCUUCACACACUGGUAACAAGCUUUCAAGUGUAGCAGUGGCUGAGCUAACCUGCUGCUGUUCCUCCCCAGCUUGUUUCACAGGAGGAUGGGUUUGCUGACUGUAGGGUUCUCUUUGGCUCUGGGACAUCAUUUUGUAUUAGCCCUUGGUUCAUCUAAUUCCAGCAACAGCAGAGCCUGCCCUGGGUCUGCAGGGACUGUGGGCAGAGCUGGUGGAGUUCCUCCCCUUGGUGCUUUCUGCAGCUGAAGCGAGUGCAGAGGCAGGUUUGAUGGUCCUUGUCCCUCAGCUGGGCAGAUACCUCCUGGGUGCCCAAAUGUUGUGAAGGAUUAUGGAAAGGGGGUGGUGGGAAGGCAGCAGCCCAGGGCACUGCUGUCCCAAAGGCUGAUGGACAGUGUGGAGCAGUUCUGGAGGGAAAGAAACUGUCCAGUGCACGAGGCUGGAAUCAGGUGAGCAGCAGCAGCAGCCUGGAGGAGGCUGAGAGGCUGCAAAUGCCACUCUAGGCCUCCCCCAGCCCCUUCUCCUCCACUUGUCCCUUCAUGUUCUCCUUUGAGGCUGGGAUCUGAGCCCCCUGAGCCAGGGCUCUUCUCCCCUGGCCAAGGCAGAGGGUGGGUGCCAGCAGCAGGGGAGGGGAGCACAGGGCCUGUGGGGGCUGCCUGGGUCCCAUGGAGCCCCCCCAGCUCCAGCCAGCGCUGUGCUCGGUGUGGUGCCAGGGCCCAAAGCCAGGCUGUAAAUGCACAGAUCUCAAAUGCAUACUUUAAAGGUCUAGAAAAACAGUCUUAAUAACUUGUGGUAGCUGGUUGCUUAGAGGUCUGCUCUCUGAGGGUAGAGGUAUUCCCAGCAGGACCUUAGAUCCCUCCCUGUCUGGGGAGGUGUGUGAAUGAUGUGGCUGCCCCCAAAGCCACUGAGGACAAAACCCAACCCGAGAGGUGACUUUGUUAGUUACCAGGCUCCAUUUUGGUACUUUGAUUCAGCCCCUGGGCAAGGGCUGGGCUAUGAGGAGCCCACAGGACCACAGGUUCCCUCGUCCCAGUUGCUCACUUUAGCUUGUGACUGUCCUUUCCUUUCCCUCUCCCACGGAGAAACGCUGGCUCAGCAAACACGAUGAAUGUGGCCAGGGGAGAGGAGGUGCUGCUGGUGCCUCCUGCUGGAGCUCUGCUGUUUCAGCUUCAGCUGUCUCACAGCCUGCACUGAAGAACAGGCCAAACCCAUUUUCUCUUGGGAGAAGGAGUUAAGGCACAGACAGGAGAGUGGCUGGGGCAGGAGGCUGCAGCCCAGCAGGACGGUGGCACAAGGGCUCCUGCUGCUUUUCAGGUUGCUGGUGAUGCUGGUAUCAAGCUGGUGGCAGUAAGGUACCUUGUAGUAUUAACCACACGUGCUGCAGUGUCACAGGUACACUUCUUCAGGGAAACAAUCCCCACAGCCUUUGUCCUGUACUCAAAGCAACAAGGGUUUUAGUUUCUAAAAACGUUGAAAGGGAGCUGCCACUUUCAAUAAAGUAACAAAACACCUGA